CCUAUGGAGCCCUUUCAACCACAGAUUUACCAUAGUUACUAGCAAGUCAUGCGGCGCGUUCCUUCUUGAAGUUGAACCCUGACUGACUUUAGUUCUCGGUCCUCGGCCCGUUCUCGCAACAACAUUAUCAAUCUGCUCUUACUGCUAUAAUUUACUAAGGGUGCAUUGACUUCGCAAAAAAUAUAGCAGCGCGACGAGAGGAAUGGGGCCCAAACCGCUCCUGCUGCUCGCCUGCGCACUGGUGCUCCUUAAAUCAUGUGGUGGCAUCAUAUAUGACCCUUGCCAGCCCCUGACGCCCAUUGCCAGGGGCGAUCCAUUUGUCAUAGGUUUGGCGCUCAUCCCAGCAGUGAACGCGACGCUGCUUGCGAACCUGACUGCGUCCUAUGGCGGGUUGUGCAACACAACCUUCCAAGACUACUUGAUCACAAACUACAAGGCGUUAAUCGCGAUCUACAACUUGCGGGUGGACCGCCUGCAAGUGCUGCGCAUGCCGUACCCGGACAUUAUCUUCAACAUGGUGAACGCAACGCCCCCUACCAUGGCAUUGGCAGCAUUCAGGGCCAAUGUGACCUCGCCGGCCGCCUACAUCGCCAGCGGCGACCCGGCAGUGACGUACGGCGCGGGAUUCGUGGUGUCAUUAGCGCUGCUUCCAAGAUUUGACAAGGGCAAUUUACAGUACCUGCAGUGGUACGACCAGAGCUGUAACGAGUGCGGCGGCAAGAACGGCGCGCUGUGCAUGCACAGCACCCAGGCUGGCGUCGUGGCCUGCUCCACGCCACUGGACAACUGCACCUGCACCGUCAGCGGCGUCACCAACAGCUCCUGCAGCCUGGACGACGCAAGGUUUGAUGUGUGCUCCACCUCCAUCAACACGGCCUGGAUGGGCACCGACCGCAACCAGGCCGUCAUGCGCACGGGGCCGCAGGUGCAGCGCCUCAACGCCUACUCCAUCACCUCGCUGUUCAACACGGCGCGGAACAAGUUCUACGACCUCAAAAACUUCGUGUACGCAAACGUCCAGUCCAGUUGGGGUGCAGUCUCGUCAGAUGCACAAAGCCAGUAUGUGGACUUCGAGGGAGGUCUGUCGCAGUACACACGAAGCCCGCCGCCCCCGCCACCGUCGCCCCCACCUGCACCGCCUUCUCCUCCCUCACCUCCGCACCCCGCGUCGCCCUCGCCCCCGCCGGCUCCCUCACCGCCGCCCUCGCCGCCACCGCCCUCGCCUCACCCGCCGUCACCGCCGCCGCCUCCUGAAGCCCCGGCGGUGGUGGUUGCAGCUUCCAUAGAGACCGAGGUGCUACCUGACACGGCUACUGAAACAGCGGCGGUAGCUCCAGCGGACUCAGGUACUACUACUGACACCACAACGUCGGUAGAGACGCCAGCGACGUAGGAGCCCUUGGGCCGCGGCAUGGGCUGCGCACGCGCUCGUAUGGAGCUCCGUGCGGCGUCCACAGCUGGACGGAUGUAGGCCGGGUGGGUGGCUGCGGCAGCCUGGAAUUCUACAGUCUGGUUAGACUUGUUAGACUUGGGAUUCAUCCUAACGUGUGUAGUGUAUGUAAGCGCCUGUGGACUGGCGGACUUUGACUCGCGCUAUGACGGGCACUGCGCACACAUCCCGCGGCAGCGCAAAACGCACCAACAAACGAGAACACAACAGGGUGUUAUAGUCGUAUGGGUGAUACACGAUACAUGAUGCAUGGGCCGUAGCUUGAAAUGGAUGCGGGAAUGCGUGGGAAGCGCCAGGCACCGGGUUAUGAAGAGGGCCUACGGUUCUCACUGCUCCGUGCGCCGGGGCAGAGAUUGUAUGGAUGCGAGGCUGGUGAGUUAUACGUGGAGGUCACAGGAGGGGACAGGCCGGCAUAUGUUAAUUUGGUGCUGCCUGACCUCCGAUAGCGUAGUCAGGCAUAGAUCACGGUGUGCUGGCUGUGCGCGACGUUUGCUUGUCGUGAGUAGUCGUGAGUGCGAUGGUAAGGAGCAGGUUGCUGUGCGUAGCCACAUUGGGGCUUGACAGUGAACGCUUGGGGUUGUGGGUGCUUGUCUUUAAGGAGGCGCGGGAAGGACUGGAUGUUAACUUGCGACAUAAGGUGCCGGUAGGAUCACAGUGUAGGCCAGGGGAACCCCUAGCGUAGGCGGAACGGAUGCGACUAUGAGCUUUGAUGGGCAAUUGCGAGCAGCGGGCGUGCUGGGGGCACACAGGGAGUUUGACACUGCGAAGGAGGCGCCGCAAACAGUGCAAUGGACGCGACUUUGCCAGUUGCCAAAGGUCGUUUUGGCACUGUGCCGCAGGCGCACCGAGAGUUCACGGUCCCGAGCGCCCACCGAAGUUGGAACGCGCCACGUCCG